AUAAAUUCAAGAUGUCAGCCUCCAUAGAUUUUCCUGCUUCUACUGGAAAAUUAAUUUUUGAGCAGUCAAGCUUUGAAAUAGACCUUAGGGCACAUGAAAAAGUUGUUAAAAAACAAGAGUUUAAUUAUUCGGUGUCAUUGAUACUACCUGCUGUAGCAAAACCGGCUGUCAACUGGAUUAAAAAGUUAGUUGAAACAGAAUCCUAUAACAUAAAAAAUGUUCCAGUAUCUUUAUUGGUCGAAGAGGAGUUUCUUGGUGGCUUUGUUAGAAAUGGUAAUCUCAAUCUCAUGUCUGAUAAAACCCAUAUAGAUACAGAUAACUGUCUAGCUAUAUUACCUUCAGGUUUAAUGGUGUUAAAUUUAACAAAAGAUACAUAUGAUUCAUUAGGUUUAGAGGGUAAACCGUCACAGUAUUGUUUAAGGAAGAAAACAAUAAGAUAUGUUGUACAGAUAGAUUUAAAAGCAGCAAGUUUUGUACCAGGAAAGAAACUUUAUGAAAGAGUUAAGGCAUGUUUACACCAACAAACUGAUCUAACCUUUGACCUAUUGGUACACUGGUCUCCACCUAAUGAUCAAAUUUGUCCAAGCUCCAUAAAAAUAUAUUUUGAGAAAAGAAAAUUCUGCAGCACUUUAGUUCCUGUUGAUAAAUGUUAUCGUUUAAUAGAAAACUUCCAACAUCCAGUAAUAACAUCCCAGCAGUUUGAACCUACAGAAAGUAGCGCUGAUUAUCAAGAUGUGUUUGAGUGGCUUGGUUGUGUUGCUUGUGAUGUCAAUCUUGACAGUACGUCAUCAGAGAGUUAUUUAUCAACGCUAUCUUGUCCAACACCACAUCAUAUUUCUACAGUCGGCUGUUAUUAUCAAUUAAAAGGAUUUUUUACAUCGUCUGAUAUUAUACAUUCUUUAAAUCUCAUUAGAACAAGUAUUACAGAUUAUCCAGACUGUCCAUGGAUAUGUUUAACUGUUUAUGGUUUCUGUGAUAGUCCAGUAUCUGGUGGUAGUCUAGAACAUGGUUACUGUCAAGGAGGUGAAAACUUCUAUUCCUAUAUCAUAUUUCCUGAUCAAACCUAUUGGUUGUUUAGGGCUACAGAUAGUUUUGAUAUGACAUAAAUUACUUAAUACAAAAA